UCCCACACUCUGAGCAGCUUCUACCCAGAGAAAAUUGUAUCUACUUUUCCUGUGUUCAGAUAGUUUAAACAAGAUCAACGACUGAAGCAGAAAGGAUUUUGGGUUGUGUUACCAUGGCAUCUCUGAAAACUGUGCUUUAUCUGGGAGUCUGUCUAUCUGUUUGGAUCAUUACUACUGCAGAUAAGAACUUUGUGCCGGCUGCAGAGGAAGUACACUGGAUAUCUCUGGACUUUAAAACCACCCUAUUCUGGACUACUAAGGCAUCAAAAUACACAUACACUGUCAAGUACUUUAGUGAUGAUCAUGACUGGAUGGAGAGUCUUGACUGCAUCCGAGUGUCACAUUCAGAAUGUGAUCUGAGCAACUCCCUCCGUCCCUUUGACAGGUCCUACUAUGCUGACAUCUUAACAGAGCCUGCGACCAUGGACCAUGACUAUGACCUGGAUGAGUUCCCUCACACUUAUUCCCCACACUUCAAUCCCUAUAGAGAAACUAACAUCAGUGCUGUGAAAUUCACUGUGGAGGUUGUGGAUGAGAGCAGAGUCAUUGUCAACAUCACAGACCCUCUGACCAGUAUCCAUGAGCGUGGGAAGCAGCUCAGCAUCAGAGACAUUCUCAAAAGUGACCUCAAGUAUAAGAUCAGCUAUUACAAGUCUGGAAGUACAGGCAAGAGAGACAUCAUGUCUGACUCCAGUACGGCAGUGGUGUCAGGGCUGGAUGCAGGACAGAGUUACUGCUUCAUGGUGGCAGCUUUCAUUCCCUCCAGACCCCAAACUACCCAGAAUGGAGCCUGGAGCACACAGCGGUGUACAAAUGGACACAUCAUGCAAGAGUUGAGCCUUGGAGCAUGGGUUGGUGUAGUCUUCAUCCUGCUCAUAGUCCUCAUCAUCAUCAUCACGGUGACAGUCCUCUGUUGCAGAUGCUGCAGACGAAGAAACAAAACCCUCCAUACAUCCCAGUCUUCAGCACCUGUUUAGUGUGCGUGUAGGUGUCUUUAAACACAGGGAGCUCUAUCUCCUCGCUGUUUCUAGGAGAAUUAUUUUACAUUGCUAUGCUCUUUCUUUACAAUGUGUUCUGACCAUUCUUUUUAUUACAUAUAUUAAUUACAUUAAAAGUUAACAUGUGCAGCUUCAAAUGACAACUCAAAAGAAUUAUGCUUUUCAGGUAAUACUGCAUUUCUGGCAUGUAUUCGAUGUGUUAUAACGGCCCAUAUGGACCCAUGCUCAUUAGUAGUACAUCAAGAAUCAUGUGCAACUGUGUUUUAGAAUAUAAAAUGGUAACCACAGCAGCAGCUUAAACUGAAAAUGUUUUGUCAGAAGCUAAUUAAGAUUUAACCCAUUAGAUUGUAUGAGUGCACACUAAAUGAUCACUCCCUCACAACUUUUUCCCCCAAAUUUGACCGUCUCUUUUUCUUUUACCCAAUAUGAACACCCAGCUGUCCUCACACUGUUUUUUCUAACACUACAAGCACAGUAAAUUAAGCUCUUUAAACUACACAUUCAGCCCAUUCAUCUCUGCAAAUACACAUUCAACUAUACUUUUAGCCUUAUGUGAACUCAUUUAGAUAAAGUAUUCUAUUGCUUUUGAGUCGAGUUGCUCUUGAUCAAAAGAAAGACAAAUCAAUAAAACAACAUUUAUAAUCACAUUUAAGAAUGAUGUUCAUCGUUGAAUUGUGCUUUAUUUUAAAGAGGUGGUAUUAUGCUUUUUGGCUUUUUCCCUCUCCUAUUGAGUUACAUGUCUUUUUUGUGCAUGUAACAGGUUUGUGUGUAAAGUGAAAAAGCCCAAAGUUCAUCCCAAAGGGAGUUCCCAUCUCCCACAGAAAGCACUGCUCUGAACUGCCUGAAAACAGCUCGUUUGUACUCCAGCUUUUCUUCCACUUUGCUGUGACGUCAAAGCAAAAUACUUGUCAUAAUGCUCGCCUAGCGACUAGUCAGACACCUGUUUUCUUAUUGUGGAAAUAAACAUUUUCUCGAAGCAUU